AUGAAGGGGAAAUUCAACCUCCAGCCACUUAGUUCCAUUGGGACGAGCCCCUUAGUUCAGAGGCAUCAAAUCGCGAAUGGGUCUUUCAAGAAUGGUACUUUUGUUGAGCUAGAGAACAUGAUGCUUGAGAGGAAGACCGGAUGUGGUGUGAGGGUUGAACCACACCUUCGAAGUAGGCACAAGAAGCUGAAGAAGGACUUCCAUGUUGUACACCUGAUUCGUAAUCAGAGUGAUUGUGGGUUGAAUGAUGUAAUGAAGACCCCAACGCUGGAUGAUGACGUGUUUGAUGCUCUGAUAAAGAUGUUUCCUAAUUGCAAAAAUAUGAACCGAAACCAUUUCCAUACUAUGAUGAACUGUUGA